AUGGAACUCGCUGAGCAUUCUGCUCUGAACUCAGCCGGAGAUGAAGAAGAUCUCGAGGAAUACGACGAGGGAGAGGGCUAUGAUGAACAAUACGAUGAGGGCGACGACGACUUUGCCGCAGAGGCAGAAGAAAUGGCUCGCAGACUGCAAGAUCAGCUCCAUGCUGACAUCGCUAGAGCACAACUCGAAGCCGCUGCUGCUACGAUGAACGCACGACCUGAGGCUGCCGCCCCACCCCCGACGAAUGAUACCACCCAGGGCUCGAAUACCCGCAAAAGGAGGCAUGAUGCGGCCAUAUCAACAAUGAAAGCAAUUCUCGGGUUUGCGGUGGCAAAUUCAUCAAUACAUGACUCUCUAGUCUCUCUACUGGUACCAUCAGCAGGAAAUGUUAAUAUUCUUGACGUCUUCCACCGUUGCAUAUCUUCGGGCAUCGUGCGGAAGAGCAUUGCCAGACCGCUUAGCGAGGCCGUCGUCGCCCUCGCAAAGUCUGACGUUCUCUUUGCAUCCCUCAGGAACUCCGAUGCGCCCGCCAUUCAGCUCGAUAAAGGCAAGCGAAAACGCGACCUUAUGGACGACGGCAGCUAUGACGCUCCCGCCAUGCCGCCGCCCAAGCGCUUCGCAUUAGACGAGCCCGACCUCAGAAGCCAGGUCUCUGAAGCCGUCCGAGUUGUCAGCGCCGCGUUUUUGCCUCUUCUAAACACCCCGACCAGCCAACCACCCGACCCCGCGCUCAUCUCGUCCAUCCAUCCCCAGCUACACCAAGUUUUUCUCUUCGCCGUCACCUCUGCCCCGCGCGCUGGAGAGCGGACGCCCCCACUGCAGGAGCUCGCGGGGCUCAUACAGAUGCUCGGCGUACUCAGUGGAAUCCCGAUCGGCGCGCCAUCCCCGCACGCACCCUGGGCCCCGCCCGCGGACAUCGGCACGGCGGUAUACCCAUGCCUCGCGCCCGGGUGUGCGAAGACGUUCCACCGGCUGUAUGCCCUACGCGCGCACCAGCGCUCCCACACGCUCGCGGACCGCCCGUUCCGCUGUGCCCAGUGCCCCGCGUCGUUCGUGCGCAACCACGACCUGAAGCGGCACGAACGGCUGCACGACCGCAAGGCGUGGCGGUGUGCGGGCUGCGGGAAGGUGUUCUCCCGGCGCGACGCGAUCAAGCGGCAUAAAGACAGCCGCGGGCGCGCCGGCGGGGGCGGCGACGCGGUGUGUGCGUACGCGGAGAUCGAGGAAGUCGAGGUGGAGAAGGACGGGGACGAGGAGGCGAGUCGGCGUGCGAAGUUGUGGAGCGACAUUGCGGCGAACCAAGCCGCUAGCACGGGCCAUGCGAGCGGGAGCGGCGGGGCGGGGGCGGAAGACAGCCAGCCAGAGGAGGGAGAGGUUGAUCCGCGCAUCGUCGCGGAGGCGCAGACGAUUGUUCUGCAGCUGCACGGGCUGUUACAGGGCUACGUUGCUCGAGGGCUCGGCAGCCCCCCGCUCUCCAAUCAAAGUCAUGUGCAAAGCAGCCAGGCGACGCUCGCAAGCGUCAUCGCACAUUCACAGCAACACCAUUAUUCUAUGGCUUCGCCCACGCACAUAGGGGCUCAGUCUAACGAACUCACGCAGCGUUCUGCCAUCCAGGACACAACACCCCCUGCUCCACCCUUACCGACGUCUCUCUCUCUGUCGGAGGAACAAACCAGAAUGCUCGAACAGGCGAUCGCGCAAGCGGCUCUAGUAGCACAGGCACAGGCGGAAGCUGAGGCUGCGCUGGAAGAAGAGGACGAGGAGGGCUCUGACAAUGAUGAGGAAUACUAA